AUGAAUAGACGAUCAAGCAUAUCUGAUGGAAAACCAAAACCAGAAGAAACAGUGUCUCAUAAUCAACCGCCAUCAGCCUCCACACGAAAUGCCAUUACACAGCUGACAUCCUUAGACCAAUACACUAGCCUGAGGAACCAUCGGAUGCGUUUCGAACACGCGUUCGACAUCAACGCCGAGCGAGUUGACACAACAAAAGAGCAAGAUAUCAUCUUCGGUAGAGGCAAGAGUUUGCAAGAUUAUCCCGGAAACCAACGCAUGCGACAAAUCACAAGCAAAUACAAGAACCUAUACCGCACACUUCCAAGAUCACAAAAGCGAAACCUGGUGGAAAGUGUAUACAAGGAAAUCGUGGUAAAUGGUGCCCGGUUCUUGACCAAGGCUCCCAACGCAACGCAUUUCCUUUUAGUAGAUGUUGAGGUAGCACUGCAGAAGAUCAGUAACAGUCUUCGUUGCAUGAAAGAGCACAAACGUCAGAUUGUAGCUGCAAUGGAACGCAGAAACUCAUCAGACGAAGCGGUGCCCAAGGCUUCUGCGUCAGCAGCAACGUCUUUCCUAGAGAGAGCUUCCAUUCAAAUUCACCCUCUUCCGAUUCUGAAUCCAAGUGUUACGACUGGAUCACAGAAUCUUGAUAUAUAUUCAACUCUUCAGCGUUUGAAUCAGUGUAGACAACUUCGGUUAUUCACGGAGGCAUGCAUGAAGUCCUCGGUUGCAAUUGCUACAAUCGGCAAGGUUCCUUCAGUGCAGCUGUCAGCUCCUCGAAAAACAGCUCCUGGUGCAAAAUCAAACAAGAGACCAUCAUCUUUGUAG